GGAGAGAGGAAGGGAGAGGGAGGGAGGGUGAGGGAGAUCGUGAGCACCGCAAGCCAGCCGGCAAACCAGAGACAGAAGAGAGAGGGACCAGGAUAGAGACCCCGAGAAAGAGAAGAGGAAGCCGAGCUCUGUGAGGGCUCAACCUCCAACUUGUUUCAAUUCAUUCAUCCUUUUCUUCUGUCCACUUCGGGGAAGUGACUGUGGCGCUUGGACUCUCCAAGUUGGUGCCUAAGAAGAUGAUAAUCACACAAUUGAGUCACUUCUACAUGACUGGCCUUGGGCUUCUUUUCCUGAUUAAUAUUCUCCCUGAAACAACUGGUCAAGGGGAAUCAAGACGACAAGAGCCUGGGGAUUUUGUGAAGCAAGAUUUAGGCGGACUCUCUCCCAAGCAUGCCCCAGAUAUUCCUGAUGACAGCACUGAAAACAUCACUAUCUUCACCAGAAUCUUAGAUCGUCUCCUGGAUGGCUAUGACAACCGGCUGCGACCUGGGCUUGGAGAUGCUGUGACUGAAGUGAAGACUGAUAUCUACGUGACCAGUUUUGGCCCUGUGUCAGACACUGAUAUGGAGUAUACCAUUGAUGUAUUUUUUCGACAGACAUGGCAUGAUGAAAGACUAAAAUUUGAUGGACCCAUGAAGAUCCUUCCACUAAACAAUCUUCUGGCUAGUAAGAUCUGGACCCCUGACACCUUCUUUCACAAUGGCAAGAAAUCGGUGGCCCAUAACAUGACCACGCCUAACAAGUUGCUCAGACUGGUAGACAAUGGAACCCUCCUCUACACAAUGAGGUUAACAAUUCAUGCUGAGUGUCCCAUGCAUUUGGAAGAUUUUCCCAUGGAUGUGCAUGCCUGCCCACUGAAGUUUGGAAGCUAUGCCUAUACAAAAGCUGAAGUGGUUUAUUCUUGGACUCUUGGGAAGAACAAAUCUGUGGAAGUAGCACAGGAUGGCUCUCGCCUGAAUCAAUAUGACCUGCUGGGCCAUGUUGUUGGGACAGAUAUAAUCCGCUCCAGUACAGGAGAAUAUGUCGUCAUGACAACCCACUUCCAUCUCAAGAGAAAAAUUGGCUACUUUGUGAUCCAGACCUACUUGCCAUGUAUUAUGACUGUCAUUCUGUCACAGGUGUCUUUCUGGCUCAACAGAGAAUCUGUCCCUGCCCGCACAGUCUUUGGUGUCACCACUGUUCUCACCAUGACCACCCUGAGUAUCAGUGCCAGAAACUCUUUACCUAAAGUGGCAUACGCGACGGCCAUGGAUUGGUUCAUAGCCGUCUGUUAUGCCUUUGUAUUUUCUGCGCUGAUUGAAUUUGCCACUGUCAACUACUUCACCAAGCGGAGUUGGGCUUGGGAAGGCAAGAAGGUGCCAGAGGCCCUGGAGAUGAAGAAGAAAACACCAGCAGCUCCGACAAAAAAAACCAGCACCACCUUCAACAUCGUGGGGACCACCUAUCCCAUCAACCUUGCUAAGGACACUGAGUUCUCCACCAUUUCCCAGGGCACAGUUCCCAGUGCCUCCUCAACCCCGACUAUUAUUGCUUCACCGAAGACCACCUAUGUGCAGGACAUCCCAACUGAGACCAAGACCUACAACAGUGUCAGCAAGGUUGACAAAAUUUCCCGCAUCAUCUUUCCUGUGCUCUUUGCCAUUUUCAAUCUGGUCUAUUGGGCCACAUAUGUCAACCGGGAGUCAGCUAUCAAGGGCAUGAUCCGCAAACAGUAGAUAGUGGCGACACAGCAACCAGAGCACAGUAUACCCUAGGAAGCAUCCAGGUACCCAACCCCCAGGGCUCCUCUUCAUGUGUUCCAAGAUUCUUCUUUUUAACCCUCUACCAAGCUGUGACUCUCAAUUCAUAUUUAUGAAUCUCAAUGAAAAAACAAAACAAAAAAACUACUUCUCCCUCUAACAUUGCUGAGUGUACCCUCAUCAGAGCCAAACACUGCCAUUUGUCCAGUUGCUCAUCUUAGUCUGCCAAUCUCUCCCAGUUGAGGGCACUGCAUGUAUUCAUUGCACCUUGCUCACUGCAAAAAGUACAGGAGGCUCUAUUACCUGUAUUGGGAUCCUUGGCUAUUUGAGAGGUCCAAACCAAGGAGGAUUGUUAACUGGUCCAGAUCAGAUGAUUCUGACUCAGUAGGCAGGGCUAUCCCAUGUGGUCUUUCCUGCCACCUUCCCUGCCUACAGCAGGACCCAAUAGGCAUAAGUACUAAUAGCAAAUGCAGGUGCUAGUGCUGUCCUCUGAACAUGGUUCCAGCCCCUUUAUUGACCCGGAGGUUAGUGGGGACAAUUGAGGCUCACCACUGUCUACCAUGUAUGGCCAAAGUCGAUACAAAAAAUUGGGCCAGCCUCACACCAAGAUGACUGCUGCCCUGCUAUGUCCAGACCUCCAGAAAAAUAGUAACAUUUUUGGUAUAUAUCUCUUCCAGGAAAUCCCCCUUCUUUCAAACCCUCAACACUUGUAGCUAGCUGGACACUGCUUAGUUUGAACUCAAUGCCACCUGCAAACUCUUUAAGAAAAGGAUCAAGUAUUUUUAAAAUUUAUACUAAAAAAGUAUAAAUAGAUACGAAAAAAAUCUAGAUGAGAUGCCUACAAAAAUAAUUUUAAAAGGAUUAGAGUGAUAGAAAAGUCACUUCCCUACCAAGGUACUUAGUCAAGUACUGGAUGGAGCAAGAUAUAUGGUCUGGGUGGUAGUUGAGGCUUGAAUUCUUGCUCAAAAGACAGGACCACUGGCAGAAAAAAAAAAUCAAAUUCUUCCUUCCAUAUCCUCCACAUUCCACACCCUAGUCCAGGCCCAAGAACUUUGCUCCCACUGUGUCAGAGAACUUUGGUCCUCUGUUAAUGCUGAUUCUAAGGAGAGGUGCCUCAGAGUCUAGUUGAUUUCUGAGUCAACUAAAUCAUUAACUUUAUUACCAGUUUAAUAAUAGAUUAUUUAAGGGCCAUUUAAUUUUAUUUGUUCUUAACGUGAGUAAAAGAGAGUUAUAAUUAUAAAUUUUUUAUAAGGUAGAUAAACUAAGUCUUUGAUGUUUGAGUGACUUACCUAGGCUCCUUACAAGUGUCUAAUAGAGAAUCAUCAUAAUAGAGAAUCAUCAUGUGCUUCUUUCCAAAGGCCAAAAUGAAUACCGUAUUGAGAAGGGAAGUCCACCUUAACCUCAGAAUCAGCACAAUCUCAACAGGUUUGAUGGGUCCUGAAUGCAGUUUGCUUGGAUACCAAAAAGUUUUUUUGAAAGUCUCAAUGUGUUACCCAAGGAGACCAAUUCUAAUAGUAAUGGCUCAAAGUAAUGAGAUUAAGAUGGCAGCCCCAGCCACACAUCCAGAGUAUCCUAGAAGCCCAAAACAAAGCCACAGAUGCUACCAAAAACAGAUUCUCCAUGUCUACCCCUGAACAAAGCUCCUAAAGGGUCUAUAUUAGCUGCUGGUUGACUUUUCACCCAUCCUUUCCCUAUCCCCUGUUUCCUUGCCAUUGCUGGGAUAAUGCAUGCCAGUCCCAUUAUUCCUAAGACUGACUAUAGGUAAAUUCAUGACUAGAAGAGUGUACUAUUGUGGAUAUGUGGGGAUCGGGGGUGGGAAAUGGGGCUGUUAAUGAUCGUCUUAUGGAAUUAGAAUGGAAGCCUGACCUUCGCCUCUGUAGAAAUUGUGUUUCCAAAUGCUUGGUACAAUGUUUAGCGGCUGUUUAUUAAAUUCUUUCUGAAUUGUA